AUGCAGGAUUGGGAUUUAUCUGGUGUCCCAUGUAAGCAUGUUGUGUCAGCUAUUAACCAUAAGAGAGGGAAUAGGCCUGACACUUAUAUAGACAAGUGUUACAUGAAGGAGACAUUCCUAAAGGCAUAUGAGAACAUCAUACAACUUGUGAAUGGAAUGGACCUAUGGGAAAGAACAGAUUUCCCUGAAAUCUUACCUCCUAAGUACAAUAGACAACCAGGCAGACCACCCAAGGUUAGGAGGAAAGAGUCUGGUGAAAAAGAGACCAAGACAGGUGGGAAGAAGCUAGGAAGAUACAAAGACUCUCUCAAAUGUGGUACAUGUGGCCAAAAGGGUCAUAAUUCAGUAACAUGUCAUAGACAUAAGCCACCAAAUGAAAGAACCCAACUUGGAAAGAAAAAAAAGGCUAAGUCUGCUGUUGGAAGUUUUAUCCCAUACCUGACAAUUAUGAUGUUGAGAUGGAGAGGAAGAAUAAAAUGA